GGUCCAAUCCAUCUCUAAACAAACAAAAAAAAAAGAAAAACGAUUCUAUAUUAAUACGGUAUUCACACGGUAGUUAAUAACAUAGUAUUCAUAAUUAACUAGCAAUCUUUAAUAUCUUGUUUGUUGAUUUGUAAGCUUGAGCAAUAAAAGAUGAUGGACAACGACGAUUUAAUUAUUUUGGUUAUGAUAACGGGAAUGAUGUGCGAGUAUUAUCGUCGCCGCUGCAGAUACAAAAAAAGGUUCUGGGUAAGGCCUUUAUAUAAAAACCGAGAUGUCGAUGGAUUCUUUGUCACCGCCUUUGACCAUAUGUACAAUAACGACUUUGAGCAAUUUAAAGUAAAUGUUCGAAUGAAUCCCAAAAUAUUUGAUCUUCUUUUAAAUUUGACCGAGGAGAAAUUAACCAAGUCUUCGUGUAGACCUUCUAUAUCUGCCAAGUGUAGAUUGUUUUUAACGCUGCUAUAUUUGGCUAAAGGAGAAAGUGUUAGAUAUUUAUCACUUACCUUUAAAAUGGGAGCGUCCACAGUACGAUCUAUCAUUCAAGAAACAUCGCGAGUUUUAUGGGAUGUUCUUGCUCCGUUUUAUAUGUCUUUGCCCAAUAAGUCGGGGUGGGAACGUAUCGCGGUUGAUUUCGAAACUAUUUGGAAUCUUCCACACUGCGUAGGCGCUAUAGAUGUAAAACACAUUAGUAUAGUGCGUCCUGCGAAUUCUGGCUCACAAUAUUAUAAAAACAAGGGCACGUGCUCAAUAGUUCUGCUAGCAGUGUGCGGCGCGAACUACAUUUUUACGGCAGUUGAUGUUGGUGCUUGCGGGCCGCAAGGUGAUCAUGGCAUUAUGUGCCAUUCAGAGUUUGUGAAGCGUUUAGUACAAAAUCAAUUAGAGUUGCCUGAAGCUACAAUCAUAACAGGCACCAAUAUAGAAUUUCCAUACUAUUUUAUUGGAGAUUCAGCAUUUCCUCUGCGGAACAACCUAAUAAAACCCUAUCCUGGAAUUCUUUUGCCAAAAGAUAAGGAAACCUUCAACAAGAGGUUAUCCCGGGGAAGAAAAACGAUUGAAAAUGCGCUCGGUGUAUUGGCGUCUCGUUGGAGGGUUUUGUUAAGUCCCAUCCAUAUGAAACCCGAGAACGCGGCAUCGGUAGUAAAGGCCACUGUUGUUUUGCAUAAUUUUGUAAAAAUGCACGACGAAUCUUAUUGCCCACGAGAAUAUGUUGAUUCUGAAGAAAAUGGUGAGCUAAAAAGCGGAUUAUGGCGGAAGAAUACAGCACCGCUGCGCAAAGCAAGCAAGUUGUCGGGAAAUAACGCCAGCAGAAGUGCGUUUCAUAUACGUGAUAUUUUGAAAAAUUAUCUAAGCCAAAACGGCAUUUAAUGAUAUAAAUUUAACGUAAACUAUAAGUCCGUUUAAGUUUAUAUAAAUAAAAAUUAAAGGAACGUGGACACGAAAAUCCGUGCUUCUAUUGUUUUAACCUAUAAUACAAUUGUUAGAUUCGUCC